CUGCGCCCAUUCGCAGAGAAGGUCCGCGACAUAACCGCCGGGUGGCUGAUCUUCGUUGCGGUUCUGUUUGUCAUCUCGUUCCCGCCCUUGUUCGGCCAUGAACUGGUUGCGCUGUUGGCUGGUGUUGUGUACGGCCUGUGGAUAGGAUUUGCGGUCGUCGCGGCUGGCACUUUCAUUGGCGAAAUCGGAACCUGGUUUGCGUUCAAGAGGUUUCUGCGGAAGAAGGCAGAGAAGAUGGAGAGGACCAACCUCACAUAUGGAGCCAUGGCCAAAAUGUGUCGUGAUGGUGGCUUCUGGAUUGUCUUCGUGAUACGCCUUUCCAUUGUCCCUUCGCAUAUGUCAACUGCGGUCUUCUCCACCUGCGAUGUUAAAUUCUGGUACUUCGCCGUCUCAACCUUCUUCACCCUUCCGAAGCAACUGAUUCUGGUGUACCUGGGCGUGCUGCUCGUCGGCGGUCAAUCCGACUUUCUCGUCAAGUUUGCCUUGUUUGGUGUUGCGGGUGUCGUCACCGUGGGGGCCGGUGUGUGGAUUUGGUACAAGAUGAUCAACAUUAAGAAGGAUUUGCUCGCGAAGCAGGAACAGAGGAAGGCGAAGCGGGCG